GAUAACAGCAACACAGACACAUGCAUGCUCGCGCACACACGCACCGUUUCAGGUAGUUCAUCUACAUGUAUGUGAUUACAUUUAAAAUAAUACUGAAGACCCACCCAUAUUAUUAUGACAAAAAUAUUAUGCGAAUGAUCGUUAAGUUAGAAAAUCAAAUGUAAAUCUUUAGAAGGACGAAGCAUGAGAGAUGGGACGUCUGGAGGUCACCACUUGAGAGCUCUCCUUAGGCCCACUUCGUAUCAUGCGAUUGCAUGCCAAGUGCAACAAGUGGGAGAGUAUAAACUUUGCCAGGCCAGCACAGGGUCCACCCUGGUGUUUGUGUUAAUAUUGUACGCUGUUUGCUACUUUCCUCCCACCAAUAAUGGCUGUGUGGUGCUGUGCGGUGUUGCUAACAAUGUGUGUCCGUCUUUCAGCAGGCAAAAUUACCUUCACAGGUAAAAGGCAAAACAUUGCUCUGAACAAACCAGCUUGGAUGAGCACAUCCUGGCAACCCUUCACCCCUGCCAGUCAAGCAGUUGAUGGAGCUAUACACCCAUUUAACUGGGGAAAAAAUAUCCACACUGAUAUCAACCAGCAAACAGCUUGGUGGAAGGUGGACCUACAGACAGUCGUAUCAUCACCUCAAGUUAAUAUCUAUUUCCGGAUGAGCUACAAGAGUCGACGUGACGGUAUACAGCUGUAUACGUCUCUAAGAAAUUCAUCUUCCCCAAAAGAGGGGAAUCUAUGCUACAGUGUCAGAGGAUGCAGUGAUGGGACCGACAUCCCCGACGUCCUGAACGUCACCUGUCCUGGGAACUGGCGCUACCUGACUGUCUACACAGAGAAGGCAAAUAAUAAAAAUGGUCCCGUCCUUGACUUUGCCGAGGUGCAGGUGUGGGUGACGAACAUCGAGACAAGUGAAGAUUACCAGCAGACUGCCACACAGACCACAGCACCGACGCCAGCUAUGUUGACACCGGGUGUCAUGACAUUUCCAACAGGACACGAGUGUGGAGUAGGACAGCGAUAUGGAGCCAGUUGUAUGAAGUCGUGCGCGGACCGCCAGUGUAAGCUGAACUCCAGCUGUGAUGUCAAACAAGGCAGGUGUGUUGGUGGAUGUAGAGCUGGAUGGUCCGCCGCGGACUGCACACAAGAAUGUGUUCAAGGAAUGGAAUACGGCGCUAACUGCGAGGGUACCUGCAGUACCCGGAUGUGUGAGGGAGGGUUAGUCUCCUGUCCUCGUGACACUGGCCGGUGUGAGGCAGGAUGCAAGUCGGGAUGGACGGGGGAAGACUGUACCCAAGAAUUAAAGAGGCAGGUUCCUGUGUCGUGUCCCGUUUACCCUGCCAAUAUCAGUGUUCUCGAUAUUUGUGUCACCAUCAUGGUUGGCGUGCUACUCAUCCUUGUUCUCGGUCUCUGUCUCUGUUUACUGAAGCAGGGGAAGUUGCCAUGGAGCCGUGCAGAGGUGCAGACAAACCGGUUGAUUGACGUGAAUGACCUGGCUGAUGUUAAUACUACAGAAGGAACGAACAGUUCAAACACUUUAGAAGAUAUUCUGUGAAAUCAAUUUGGACGAUGGCUCGUUUAAUGGUGGGAGCUGAUCAUAUGUUGGUUAAAGAUUAGAAGAUGGCCGCAGAAAAGGUGGCCAUGUGCAGUUUAUGUGGACGUUGUGUAAAUUCAUUUCUGUAAAACAGAAAACGCCAGUGUAGUAACCGGUCUUGAAUACCUACAGACUCCACUUGGUGUAAAGGGCAAGGUCACUGUGACAAUUAUAGGAACUGGACCACUGAGAAAAGUGAUGACAUCGAUGUUUUUGAGUGGUUACAAUCCGCUGUAUGGUGUUUGAUUAUUGCCAUGUGCAACUACAAAUAAAAACAAAGCAAAACACCCCAAAACAACAACAAACAAAUAUAUUACGAUCUUAGGAACAACUUCUUACUCGCAGAUGUUCCACUACAUACCCUAUAGCGUGUUACACCUGCUUUUAACAUAUAUGUUUCUUGCACUAACACUUCCACUGCGGCUGAGCACAAUCAACGCAUAGAACGAACAGCCCGUGUCCUUCUCAUUAACAUGACGUGCUUCCCUUUCAGCCAUCACCCUCAGAGACUGCGGGUAAGAAUACAGGUCCCAACUAGAGGUCUAACUUGAGUCGUUAGAGGCGACUAACUGUAUCGGGCUACUUGGUCAUCGUAUCCCAUUUACGUGUAUCGAUGCUGAUGAUGUUCAUCACAGGAUAUCAUUAGAUUAGAUUGUGUAUACUGCCACCAUGCAACUCCAGGGCAGCGUUAGGCAACAGACAAACCUAACAAACUUCUUUUCUACCGGAAUGCCACACUACAUUCCUUCCAUUCAUUUAACAGAACUGCAGCAAAUGGGAAUGUGAGACUCAGUGUGUAUUCUUGUGACGUGGUCAGCUGAAUCAGGUCCUUUGGCAAGACGUAUCAGUUGCGUUAUGCAGAUUAUUAAUGACCUAUAUCGUUAUACUCUACUACUCCACUACACUGCUAAUACAACACAAGAUUACUGUAUAUAUACAUACACACCACAUCGGCCUAGUCCACUACACUGCUAAUACAACACAAGAUUACUGUAUAUAUACAUACACACCACAUCGGCCUAGUCCUCCAUCCAGGUUAUUACACGGGCGCUGAUGGUAAAUGUCAUAUAUAUGUUGUAUAUGUUAUAAAUAUAUUCUAUAUUUCCAAGCCUUUGCACAUAUAUAUGUUAAGUUUCAUCUACACUUAAGAAUGCCAAAUUGUAUGCACCAUAAUGUGCAAACUUAACAAGCAUAAUUUACACAUGAAUGAAUAAAGGUUCAGUUUUUAUA